ACCACACCUAAUUUAGGUGCGGUCCUUAUCAAUUGUCAUCAUCAUCUUCAUCAGCAUCACUACCACUACCACUACCACUACCACCAUCAUCCUUCCUCUUCCCUCGUUCCUGCCGUCUCUCUCGUUUUGGAUUCACGAUACCGCAUAUAGUAUUACGUUCUAGUGGUAGUUCUCUGGGUAGCCGACCACCUGGCACUACAACAUACCUACCGUUUCUAUUCUUUAAUUCUCUCCCUGACGGCCUAAUUUCAUAACCGACUUUGUAUCGCCAGUCCUUUCACGGUUCCAUACUAUAUUCCCAUGUUUGUUGCUUAAACUGUCCAAUGUCAUCAAAUGCCGAUGGCAAUACUAGGCGGUUUAUAAAUUCCAGCGCCACGUCCUGACCAUUCAUUUGUUACUAUGGGACAAUCCUCCUCUACGCAUCAACGCCACAACAAUCCUUCAAACCGUCUGUCAUUCAUACACCGUGGUCAUCGCGAUAGGGAUAGAGAUAGGGACAUGAACAACGAUCACAAUUUGGAGCAAAACGGGGUUUUUAGGCCCCAACGAGCGGCGGAUAAUGGCGAUAUGCUACCGGAUCAAGCCAGCUCAGGGUGGGAGACAUGGCGACCGGCCGAGGAGCAAUCGAGUGGUAUAGGACAUAUGGGAAGCAUUCAAGAAGAAAAUGGGCCACAAUAUGAACCGACUCAGCGGGAGUAUCGGUCUGCGAUCUUUGCCCGCAUGGCAGCAAGAAGGCAAUCCACGAUGUCAAGGCUGGGGUCCAGAAUUCUGCCAAACUCAGUAAUUCGUGGUCUUCUUAGCAGCGAAGAAGAGACACCUGCUGAGGGCCACGCUCAUCGACACGGGAUCGUAUCGAGGUCGGUACCAAGAUCAGAAGUCGCUCAUACCAGCAGUCGUUUUAGUCCGUUUAGCUCUCUUAGCUCAAGGGGUAUCUCUCGACGACGCUCAGCCCGAGGUCCCUAUUUCAUUCCACGCAGUGAUCCGGGACUACUUUCGGAUGCUCCCAACUCUCCUACUUUUUUCGACCCUACCUCAGAUCAUACACCAGACACAACUAGAAGUUCUUGGCGUCGAAGCACUCGGUUGCAUCGUGUUAGAAAUUCACUUUCGGGUCCGAUCACACAGAUGUUCGGCCAACCGUCUACAAGCAUGUCUGAUCAGGACACUGGAGGUAUACGUCAUUCGAUAGGACCCAUACCUAGCGACACUCCAGGUACAUUCCUCCCUCAACCAGGACCAAUGCCUAGUCCGAUGGACUUUGAUGAGCCCCAUGAACUUGAUUCCGUGGAACCUGCCAUAGGAAACACCCGCCCCACCUCUCCCAUGCCUUUGCAGUCUGGGCAAAGCCCAACUGGCUUGCGACACUUCCCAAAUCUAUUGCGAGCACGCCCAUCUAGAGUUUUGCGGCGGGAAGAGCAGACACCGCUGUCGCGUGUCCUCCAACUGGCGGCUGCUGCCAUUGCUGCCCAACUUUCUGGCACAACUGGCCCUGUAAUGCCUAAUAUUCAAGCCCUUGGCAACGAAGGUCUCGACAACUCUCUAGAAAACUUUAUACAGAGUUUACAACACGCCACUUCCGCGCAGACAGCAGCCGAUAGUCAACCCGCUUCUGGGGACAAUGGAACGCCAACUCCGGUCAAUUUCUUGCGGGUAUUCCGCUUCGCAAAUUCAGAUGGCGCAAGGCCUUCAGCAGCUUCAAAUCAAUCUGCAACAGCCACGAAUGCUCCAGAGAGUGGCGCAGAUGGGACGGAUGUUGAGAACCCCACGGAUGGACCCGAAGGGCGUACCGUUACCCUGGUUGUUGUGGGAGUAAGGUCUGUCCCGUCAGGUAACAAUCCCGGCAAUGACCAGCAGAAUCCAGGCUCUGGACCUGGCUUGGAUGCGUUGCUCCGUCUACCGUUCUUGUCACCAGGGAGUCUACCACGGACUCCAGACAACGGUCCUAAUCUCACAUCACGCGCUGAAGGACGACCAAGAUUCAUGCCUAGUCGUCAUCAAACUGGAGGUCCUAGUACUACGCCUACUAAUGAAGAUAUUCCCCUGCAACUCGGACAUCAAAGUCCGUCAAGGAGGCUAUCGGAUGCCGGGAGUCGUGGACCCCUUUCAUCUCUACCUUCGAUCAUCUCUGAAAGCCCUCCUGGCCCUCACCCUCCACCAUCGACGCCUGCUGAACCCGGACUUUCAGCCGUGUCGUCAGGUGCUUCAACUCCAAGUCGAAGACCGUCUUCUGCAUCGGUGAUGUCCCCAAGCAUUUUGCCACAACUGGACGAACACCGGAUUAUGCAGCCUCCAGUUGAACCUGCUGAUGGUAACAUUCCAUUCAAUAUAUCUCGUCAGCGACGUCGUAGUGAUUCUGAGUAUGUCCGCCAUCGUGACCUAGGCGCUGGUGCGAUCAGGCGCAAUGGUGUUGUCGAACCGGACAAUCCUCCCUCUCCUGCAGGUAGGAGUUGGUUGAUCUAUGUUGUGGGAACAAACCUUUCGGAAAAUCACCCCGCGUUUGCGACACCGAGCCUCUUCACCGAUAACCCAACGUAUGAGGACAUGAUUCUACUCUCGUCUCUCCUUGGUCCGGUGAAACCUCCGGUUGCUACUCAAGAUGAUCUCACUUCGGCUGGUGGAGUAUAUCGUCUUGUGGAAUAUAGUGGCACUCUUGUUGCGGAAGCUCUGGAUGGUGCUGGCGCCAUUCAGAUUCCCAACGGGGAUCGGUGCCUGAUCUGUCUUAGCGACUACGAAGCUGCUGAAGAGCUCCGGCAAUUGACCAAAUGCGCGCAUGUAUUCCACCGAGAUUGUAUAGAUCAGUGGUUGACAACUGGUCGCAACUCUUGCCCUCUAUGUAGAGGUCAAGGCGUAGCCGAGACAUCGAAUGCAGAUCGUACUCCAGAGAAUACGUCAUCUGCUUGAUUGCCGACUUCCUGCUCAUAUUAAAGACCAUCUGUCCCUCUGCCACCCAUUUGCAUUGGUUACCACCAAAGAUUUGCAUGAGCGCAUAUUCCAUAGCUUAACGACCUUCUUCUUUUGUUUUCACCGAGGAUAUCCACUGCAGCAUUUUCUUUUUCUCUUUUCUGCAUACUCUUUUCCUGGAGCCUACUUUUUUCCUCUGUUUUUAAUAUUGGCUGUUGAUAUUGGGAUGAAUAAAGGCAGGAUGGUGAGACGACGGAUAGAAUGGCGCAGAAUUGUCUCAUAACUUUGCCAGAACACUGGGUUCAUCAUCUAUGUCUCCUGUACCUUUCGAUGUGACAUAGGUAUGAAAUAUUGAAAUCUCUACUAUAAGAUAA